UCCGCCUCUAGUUUUUCGUUUAGGUUUUUCAGGUUCUCUUUGCUAUUUUCUCUUUGUUUAGCCCUUGUCUAGGUGUCUGAGGUUUCAUGUCCGGGAUGUCCCUGUUAACAGCUGGUCCUGCUAACAUGUUUGUCUUUGAAUCCUGGUUUUCUUGGGUGGAUGCUCGUAGGCUGUGUUUGGAUUUAAGAUUUGUGGGGUCUUUAAUGGACAUGGGGAUAGAUAAGUUUGGGCAUCUUGUUUACGUCUCCUCAUUCCUUUUGUUUUCUCUCCACAAAUCCUAGAUCCAAACAAUGCCUAUGAUCUCCUUGUGCUCCUUUAUUUUUUGUUCAAAAAAAUAAAAUGCUUUAAUAGUAAAGCCUCAAUCAACAGAGUUUUAGGUCCAGCUAGCUUAUCUUUAGAAGUACAAACAGCACAACUAUAAGCAUAUAAAUAUUAGCACAUCUCAUUUUGAGGUCAAGCUAAUUGAAUGCAGUAAAAAUAUCAAAACUACACCAAUCCAAAAAUUGCCCAAAAGUAAAGCAUAUAAAAGAUGAAAGAUCCAGUGUGUUGUUAGGCAUCUUUUCAUUAUCACAGACAACUUCAUAUACCGAGACAGUCACUCUUAAAUGGCCCACUAAUUUCAAUGAUACAAGCAAUAUUAAUAUACUAUGGCAAUGUAAACAUAUAUAACCGGACAAAUUUGAUUACUACUUCUCAUAGACUUCGAUCCUCACAAUCUGAUCAUGUGGCAUAUGGCACCGUUGUUGUAAUUAAUUAUUCAUUGUGCGCCACACUGUUGUACUUAUUUAUUCAUUGUGCCCUGCACCAUUGUUGUAUUAAUUUAUGCUAUUUAUUCAUUGUGCACCAACUAUUAUCAUAUACUAUUAAGUAUCAUCCAAAUAAAUAAUUACGUAUCCUUUAUAUGGUACAUCACCUUUGCUAUAUGAGAGGGAGAGAGAGAGAGGGAGGGAGGGAGGGAGGGAGGUUAUGGAAACGAUAAAGGGCAGUAUCAGUGUCUUGAUGCUACCAUGGCUAGCCCAUGGUCACAUAUCUCCUUUCCUAGAGCUAGCUAAAAGACUAACAGAAAAGAGUUUUUACAUAUAUUUUUGCUCUACACAUGUCAAUCUUAUUUCCGUUAAGAAAAUUCUCCCAGAGAAGUAUUCUCAGAGUAUAGAGCUAGUGGAGCUCCACCUGCCCUCCUCACCGGAGCUCCCUCCCCACCUCCACACCACUAAUGGCCUACCAUCCCAUCUAAUGCCCAUUCUCAAAACUGCCUUCGAAAAAUCAAAACCAUUUUUCUCUCACAUCCUCAAUACCCUCAAACCAGACCUAAUUAUGUAUGACUUCAAUGAGCCGUGGGUCCCAGCUGCCGCUUGGCCGCUCAAUAUUCCGGCUGUCCUUUUUUUAACUUUUGGGUCAGCAUUCACUUCUUACUUCCAAAAUGUCUUGGAAAACCCUGAUACUGAAUUCCCAUUUCAGUCCAUUUAUCUUCACGAGUGUGAAAAAGCUACUUUCCAAAAGAUGUCUGAGUUUUCUGCUGAUGGAUUGAAAGACACAGACCUUUUUCUUGAAUCCAUCAAGCAGUCUCAGGAUGUCAUUUUGAUCAAAACUUCUGGAGAGAUAGAGGGGAAAUACGUUGAUUAUCUCUCCAAGUUAGCCAAGAAAAAGGUUCAACCGGUUGGUCCUCUAGUUCAAGAAAUAGAUGAUCGUGAUGAAGAUAUUGAAGUCAUGAGAUUUCUUCGUAAGAAAGAUGAGUCCUCGGUUGUGUUUGUUGCCUUUGGAAGCGAGUAUUUUCUGUCCAAUGAAGAAAGAGAAGAGAUAGCUCAUGGGCUAGAACUUAGUAGGGUUAAUUUCAUAUGGGUCAUUAGGUUUCCAGUGGGAGAGAAAACUAGGGUUGAAGACGCACUGCCUAAGGGUUUUCUUGAUAGAGUAGGAGGUUCGGGAAUGGUUGUGGAGGGGUGGGCCCCACAAGCAAAAAUUCUGGGGCAUUCAAGCACCGGUGGUUUCGUGAGUCAUUGCGGGUGGAGUUCUCUAUUAGAAAGCAUAAAGUUCGGUGUUCCGAUUAUAGCUAUGCCUAUGCAUCUUGACCAACCAUUCAAUGCUAGGCUGGUUGAUGAGGUUGGUGUGGGUAUGGAAGUCAAGAGAGAUGAGACUGGAAGGCUUGAUAGAGAGGAGAUCGCAAGAGUAAUAACAAGUAUAGUAGUGAAGGAAAAUGGAACGAAAUUCAGAAAUAAAGCAAGGGAAUUGAGUGAGAAUAUCACAAUGAAAGAAGUAGAAGAGAUUGAUGGGGUGGUGGAGGAGGUGGUUCAACUCUGUGGGAAGAGGAAAUAGUUGCCAGGCUCUUGGCAAUCUCUCUGGUUGUGUGUGUUUGUUGUAUUGCUUCUCUUGAAAUUAAUGUCCUUAUCUCUGGAUAAUUGGUAUACUCCCUCUAUUUCUUUUCUUUUUUCAUUUUUCUUUUUUCCGGCCCUUGUACUCCUGUUGUGUUAAUAUGAAAUUAUGGCUUUUAGUUUUAAAAAACAAAAACAGAAUUUCCACUUUGAUUUCUA